AUGAGUUGGGUUUUUGCUUGGAUGGAUACCGGCGAUAAACGUUAUGCUGUAUAUGCCAUCAUUUACUUGGCUCCAUACUUAAGAAGUGUUAAUUGUUAUCGAUUGAUAUUGAGUAUUUCAUUCCUUUUUUUUAUCAAUAAAGACACACUUAUCAUGUCAUCUGAUGAAAGCUGGUUACCUAUCGCAAGCAUUCUUCUUUGCAUUCUUCACAUUCAGUUAGAAGCAAGCAUCAAGAAUGGAGAUCUUCAGGGAUUCCAAUUAUUUAAUGGAGCUUCAAGGAACAAAAUUCCAGAGAAAGAUGUGAGAAUCUCAGAACAGGGGAGAAGAAAAGAUGAACAAAAGUUACUUUCUUCAAACGAUGAAUCAAGAAAUAUGAUUAGUGGUUGGGGAAUUCCUAAAAAGCCUGCUCAAAAAGCUGAUCAUUUGGAUGAAGAGGGAGAUGAAGGGAAAAGGCAUUAG